AUGGAGCUCGCUGCAGACACUAAUCAUCCUGAUGGUUUAGAACCAGUCCACAAGUUUAAAGAUUUAACUAUGAUUCGUAAGAAGACCAAGUUGUACAACCCUGCCUGCAUCUGUCAAGCAGGCAUUGACUUCACUUUUCAAAUGAACACACCACGGCAGAGCAAGCUGUGGCAGCGCCUACCUCGCGCCCCGGUCCAUGAUCUCCGGUACCGGUCAGUUACCUUGCAGAACAGGUCUGUGCGGUUUGGGAUGUUCCCUCCAGAUUGGGGUGGUGUGGCAAGCACCAAGGUCAGCCAUCACAUGCGAAAUGAGGUCACAGGCAAACCGGGCACCUGGCUAAGGGUAUUUAAAGAGCAAAUGCAGGUCUUCAGGGUGUUGAGGCUGCGCCCAGCCUGUAGAUGCCCGAGCACUGUCGUGCCCUUCCGGCUUCUGGGUAGCUCUCCUUGGCAAAGCCCAGCAAGUGCCAGCUUCCACACCACGUCUUUCUCUGAAGCAGAAGCAGACCUUCCCCGGGUCUUGAUUACAGGGGGUCUUGGCCAGCUGGGAGUGGGGCUCGCUAACCUCUUGAGGAAGCGAUUUGGGAAGGACAAUGUGAUUUUGUCAGACAUAAAGAAACCCCCUGCUCCGGUCUUCCACAGUGGCCCGUUUGUCUAUGCCGACAUCUUGGACUACAAGCACCUCCGAGAAAUCGUUGUCAACAACCGCAUCACCUGGCUCUUGCACUACAGUGCUUUGCUCAGUGCCGUUGGGGAAGCCAACGUGUCCCUGGCCAGGGCUGUGAAUAUAACUGGAUUGCAUAACAUUCUAGACGUGGCAGCAGAACAUAAUCUGCGUUUGUUUGUGCCCAGCACGAUUGGGGCUUUCGGACCUACCUCUCCCCGGAACCCAACCCCAGACCUGUGUAUUCAGAGACCCAGGACCAUCUAUGGAGUGUCCAAGGUGCACGCCGAGCUCAUGGGAGAAUAUUAUCAUUACCGGUAUGGCCUAGAUUUCCGGUGCCUGCGAUACCCCGGGAUCAUCUCCGCCGACUCCCAGCCCGGCGGAGGAACGACUGACUACGCAGUUCAGAUUUUCCACGCUGCUGCCAAGAAUGGCAAGUUUGAGUGCAACCUGGAAGCCAGCUCCAGACUGCCGAUGAUGUACAUCGAUGACUGUCUCCGGGCCACGCUAGAGGUCAUGGAGGCUCCGGCAGAGGCUCUCUCCAUGCGGAUCUACAACAUCAAUGCCAUGAGCUUCACCCCUGAGGAGCUGGCCCAGGAGGUCUGCAAGCACGUACCGGGGUUCCAGAUCACCUACAGCGUGGAUCCCCUCCGGCAGGCCAUAGCGGAUAGCUGGCCGAUGAACUUGGAUGACAGCAAUGCACGGAAAGACUGGGGCUGGAAGCAUGACUUCGACCUUCCGGAGUUGGUGACGCUGAUGCUGAACUUCCAUGGUUCCAACAGCAGAGUCGCCCGGGCCAGCUGAAGGGGCGAAAAGCUGCUGGCCCCCACGCCCUGCACAGUGUUCUGGGGCCAGGCCUGCCCACAGAAGAGCUGCUCUCAACCCUCGGUAAACACUCUCGUCAAUCCAGCUACCUCAGGAAGUUGCCUUCAGGCGGGACUCCGGGAUCCGCAAGCCAACCACGGUUACAGCACAACAGGUGUUUCUGUUGUGUGUGAAUGACAAUCGGUUGCUGUGCUGUUGGAAUUGGAAGGUGUUGGAUUUCAGUGUGAGAUUUUUGGAGUUCCGAUCUGUUCGGCUGUUACAUCAGUAUAUGUUCCUCCCCCCUAAACGUGGUAGAAUUAAGCUCUAAGCUUAUG